AUGGCCAGCGUGAGUAGCGCGGCUCCGCGCCUCCCGGGCGUGACCCCUUCUCUGCCGGUUUGUGAUACGGGAGGGGGCUGGAAACCCGCCCCUGAGCCUCGUCCACCCUCGCAAACAGGCGCUGUCGAAGCAGAGCGCUUGCGUUUUGUGCUCUGUAACAGAGCAAGAUUGGUCACCUACCUACCAGGGUUUUAUUCCUUAGUCAAAAGAGUUGUAAAUCCCAAGGCUUUUUCUACAGCAGGUUCCUCUGGCUCAGAUGAGCCUCAUGUUGCUGCUACACCUCCUGAUUUAUGUCCAAGAACUGUGUGGCCAGAUGAAGUAAUGGGUCCAUUUGGUCCUCAGGACCAGAGAUUCCAGUUGCCUGGUAAUCUUGGUUUUGACUGUCACCUAAAUGGCACUGCUUCUCAGAAGACAAGCCAAGUUUCAAAAAACCUGCCUGAUAUAUUAGCAGAGCCUUCAGCAGGUGAAAGGCAUGAAUUUGUAAUGGCACAAUACAUAAACGAAUUUCAGGGUGCUGAUGUUGCACAGAAACAGCAAAUAAAUAAUGCUGAAACUUACUUUGAAAAUGCAGAUGUUGAAUGUGCAGUACAAGCUUGUCCUGAACUGUUACGAAGAGACUUUCAAUCAAUGUUUCCAGAGGUGAAUACCAACAAUUUAACAGUAUUAACUGUCAGCCAGAAGACUAAAAAUGAUAUGACUGUAUGGAGUCAAGAAGUGGAGGAUGAGAGAGAAAUGCUGUUAGAAAACUUCAUUAAUGGUGCCAAGGAAAUUUGCUAUGCAAUUAUUUCGGAAGGCUAUUGGGCUGACUUCGUUGACCCAUCCUCAGGAUUGGCAUUUUUUGGACCUUACACAAACAACACUCUGUUUGAAACGGAUGAACGCUACCGCCACUUGGGAUUUUACGUUGAUGAUCUUGGCUGCUGCAAAGUUAUACGUCAUAUCAUGUGGGGUACUCACGUGGUUGUAGGAAGUAUUUUCACCAAUGCUGAACCUGACAGCCCUAUCAUGAGAAAACUAAGUGGAAACUAGCAGUCAUCAGGGUUUCACAAGUUCUUAAAACUGUUGCAUUCUUUUACUUGAUGAUUCUCUCUAAGCAUUGUCAGGAAAUGCCACACUUUAAAGUAUUCGUAGAUAAUAAAGUAUCUGUAAUUU